AUGAGAUGUGAUAAUCACUGCCCUCGCUGCGGAGCUCCUGAAGAAACGAUUAACCACGCCAUAUUUGAAUGUCCACCAGCUCUUCAAACGUGGGCCCUUGCCCCCAUUCUUACGCCACCAAGCUUAUUUCCCUCGUCUGGGAUAUACACGAACAUGGACUAUCUAUUCUGGAGAAGACCUAACAUGGAUAAUGCUGAGGAUGAUUGUGAUCCCUUUCCAUGGAUCAUAUGGUUCAUAUGGAAAGCCCGCAAUGAGAAACUCUUCCGUGGAAUCAACAGAGACCCAUUAGGGACUGUUCGCCAUGCAGUAGCUGAAUGUCGAGCUUGGCACCAAGCCAAUUCUAAAGCUCCACUUCUUUCAACGACGGGAACCCAAGCCAUACGCUUGAGAGAUGUAUGUAUUGUCGAUGGCUCUUGGCACCGAGAACAAGCCCACAGCGGAGCUGGAUGGAUUUGGAUAGAUCCAGAUGGAACUCAACGCUUACUAGGCAUCCAUAACCAACCACGACGCAUCUCCCCUCUUCAUGCAGAAUUAGAAGCAUUAAUGUGGGCUAUGGAAUGUGCAGCGCAGUAUACCAACGUUCAAGCCUUUGCAACUGACUGCCAAGACGUCUUAAAGAUGAUCGAGAAACCAGAGGACUGGCCAAAGUUCUCAACGGAGUUGCAGGAGUUCAGUAGUCUACGAAAACUUUUCUCCUCCUUCUCUAUUUCGUAUCUCCCUCGUGCUUCAACUAGUAAAGCUGAUCAUCUGGCUAAGCUUGCUAGGUUGUACCCUAGGUCCUUAUCUUUUGUUGGUUAUUCUGUUCCGGGGUGGGUAACCACACCAACUCGAGUUUGA